AUGCCGAAGCUGGUGCUUCACGGCACGGCGAUCUCGCCGUACACGCGACGCGUGAUCAUGACGCUUUACGAGAUGGGAGUGGAGGAUUUCGUGCACAUACCAGUCAGUCCACUCACAGGUGCCACCAAGACACCCGAGUUCCUCAAGAUACAGCCCUUUGCGCGAAUCCCCGUGCUUGAGGAUGAUGAGCACGUCAUUCAUGAUUCCCACAUGGCUGUGCUAUACAGAGCGGACAAAUUACAAUGA